UCAUGAAUUUCUUUCCAUUCCAUUCUUGGUAUUCUUCAACGGGCCAUAAUCCAGUGUGGACGGAUCGGAGGCACAACCUGACUACAAGAAGGCAAAUAUGACCACUCUACAGUCACCACGUUGUUUGAUUUCUCAUAUUACCUCCUUUAAAAAACACCUUACGCCGUCGUUCAGGAAGGCACUUCCCUCUUCACUCCAUUUGCAUAUUCGCCGCCACUCGACUCCCAUGGCCUCUACCGACGCGACAGAGGUUUCGGCCACCGAGAACUCGGAAACAACUUCCGACGUGCUAGUACAGUACGUAGUGCUCCGACGAGAUCUGAUAGACUCGUGGCCGCUAGGGAGCGUUGUAACACAGGGCUGCCAUGCCUCCGUCGCAGCCAUCUGGUCACACAAAGAUGAUCCUCACACCAUCGACUACUGCAGUCCCACCAAUCUCGAUUCAAUGCAUAAGGUAACGCUUGAGGUGAAAGGAGAAGUCCAGUUAAAGAACUUGUCUGAGAAGCUUAAAAGCAACGACAUUGCUCAUAAGCUAUGGAUUGAACAACCGGAGAACACUCCUACAUGUCUUGCUUGUAAACCCUACCCCAAAUCAGUUGUUUCCUUGUUCUUCAAAAAGCUGAAACUCUGUAAGUGAUAGGAUUUCAUGGUGCCAAAUAUCUAAUGAUAAAUUUUGUCUUUGUUCCUUUCAUUAGUUACCUUUUAUGUUAUGUACCAUAACACCCUAAUUGGACAAAAAUUACAUUUGUGUA